AUGGAUCCGUACGUUUACACCGUCUCAUUGGGCAAUGGCAACUUCCGUGCUCCACCACAGAGUGAACAUUACUCCUACGGAUGGGGCAGCUCACCUGUUUGUGCCGAUGUUGCUCCACGGAAUUUUCGGAAGGCCAGUUAUCCAGGUAGCCGACAAAGUUCUGGGGAUUUAUCGAAGGUGUCAAAAGACCAGCUGGGUCCUAACCGCGCUGGAAUUGGUUAUGGGCGUUGGGUUGCUCCUGGAGCAGCUCGUCCACCACUUGGAGUCGAAGGAGGAACUUUCCCCAAAAAGGGCUGGGCGACACCACCAUUUGGCCAACAUUUCUUUAAGAAGACAAAGAAGGAAACAGAUCCAACGGGGAAGACUCCUGCGAUGUUGCUCCACGAGUUGUUCAAAGACGUUUCAGAGACUUAUGAAGAAGUAGCUUCUCAUCCGAAGGCAUAUCGUUGUAUUCUCACUGUCCUUGAUCAACAAUUUUCAAUGGUUGCACCCGCUAAAAAAACUGCUAAACAGAAGACAGCAGAAAUAGCUCUGCGUACUCUUCGUCCCGAUCUGAACAUAACUCCGUUCGAGGAUGGCGUAACUGUUCAGCCGGUCGUUACUGACGCGGUGACUCCGGCUCAACCAGCUCGGCGUCCAGUUCCACAAUCUGACGGCGAAGGUGCACCACCUGCAAAAAAAAUCAGGCUGACUGCUCUGGAAUCAGCUCUGUCGCUGCUAGAUUGUCUGCGAAAGCUCUGUGCUGAACGUGUUUCGGAGGGUCCUUUCAAUCCUGUUUUUGAUAUUGUGGAUAUCACUGAAAGCGGUGCUACUCCUGGUGACAAACGAAAAUUCCGGGCAACGUUAACUUUUGCUGAACAAGGUAAGAUCUACACGCAUGAGGGUUUUGGAAAGAUAUGCACGAGAGAUGUAGCUGUUCGCGAGGCAUUGUUGGACCUAUUUAAAGUGUCACAAACAGAGAUUCGACGUAUCGUUCGCCGUCAUUUGAUGGGAAAGCUCACCGAUAUGCCCAUAAUUCAGACGCUGUAUCAAGUCGCUCAUCUGUGCGGUUGCGAAGUCGCAUUCAAGGUAGACAUCGCCACUGAGCAGAAGGCGAUUGGCCACGCUCCGUCGCCAUUUGUCGCCGUCUGCACUCUCACCGAUCAUUCCAUGGGUGGUAAAACGGUUGAAUUUACAUCGCCUCCAAGUCGCUCGAAGCAUGAGGCUAAGGAAUAUGUAGCACAUGAGUUACUCAGAUCUCAUUUUGAUAUUGAUCCACCCGCUGUGACUGCGGAGCAGCAACCUGCUAUAGAACAGCCGGUUCCACCGUGUCAGAAAUUACAUGUUCUACUCGCUAAACAAAAUAGAUCGGUUACUCCAAACAUUAAAUACGAGGACUUGGGCCUUGUUGAUGAAUCCGUGAAUCAAAUGGGAAUGAUAUUCAAGAGCAAACUUAUCAUUAACGAUAAAGAAGAAUUCAUCGGCUGUGGCAAAUCGAAGAAAGCAGCUAAAAACGACGCUGCUCUUCUUGCUCUCAAAAAGAUUUUCAUGUUUGACUACAACAAUCCCGAGUCAAUGGCCAUGGCUGAGGCUAGCGUAAGAGGGCGCCGUGGCCGAGGUCAUGGAUGUUCACAAUUGUGUCUUGAUGUGUCUGAGUAUUCUAAACGUGAUUACUACGGCAUGUGCAGUUAUUAUGCCGUCAAACAUAGCACUGAAGUUGCAGCGUUCUUCUUCGUUAACGACCAAGCUGAAAAGCGGCUGAUAGCAAUCGCUUCUUCGCGUCCUGGAGUUGUAGAUGGCCAGACCGUAGGAACUGCGAGGGGCACUGCAAUCAUACAUUUUGACCCGAUUGUCCUAGCAAGACGCUCUUUGAUAAGGUAUCUUAUCACUGAAGCGGCGAAAGUGGGAGAUCCAAAAUGCAUUUUUGUCCGUGACGAAGACGGUAUGUUGCGCUUGAAUGAGUGCUUGAGACUGGUGUUGUAUGCCACUUACCCUCCGAAUUGUUCGUACAGCUGUAGUGAGGCGGCAGUGAAAAAGCUCAGCUAUCUUGGCCCGAAGUUCCAGUUGUGCCCUGUUCCUGAUAACGUCCAAACAAUGACAGAUAUUGAACAAAGUGGAGUACUCAAUGUGCAUUGCGUGGCUGAUAAAAUUUUCAAGUGGAAUAACAUAGGUGUACAAGGAGCGUUGCUGUCGACGUUGAUGCAUCCAAUUCUACCACAUUCAAUCUACUUUGGCAGUUGUGCUCCAGUAUCUGAUGCUUCGUUGAAGCACGCGUUGUUCGGAAGACUAGAGGCACAGAAUCGUCCAUUCAUUGUCGAGUCGAUUAAAAGCAACAUUGUUUUGUCGACAUCACCUUCCCAUAUUUGGACCCGUGAGAUGGAGCAUGUAGAGAUGUUAAAUCCUGAAUCCGGUCGUACUAAUAAAGGGUCGCCUUCUCGCCUAUGUAAAGCAGCGAUCUUUGAAGCGUUCUUAAAACUGGCUUCCGAGGACAUGAAAUGCAGCACGUACAUGGAAGCAAAGCAAAGAGCAGUUGCAUACAAUGAGGCGAAGAAUUCACUUUACAAGAAAAUGGAAGAAGCAGGUUUCGGCAAGUGGCAAACGAAACCAGAGAAACUGGUCGAUUUCAGCUUGGAUUCGUUUGAUACCUGA